AUGUCCCAUCCCUCCCUCUCCUUCCACAACAACUGUGAGUUUACUCUCCUGUGUUAUGUGCUCAUAGGUUCAUGUGGUAUUCGCCCAUCUACUCGAAUUGUUGGAGGCGCGGCUGCUAAGCAUGGAGGUUGGCCAUGGCAGACGAUGUUAAGAACCAGUUCUAAUUUCCCGUACUGUGGUGGCACGCUCAUAUCUCCUCAGUGGGUGGUCUCUGCUGCUCACUGUGUCAGUGGAAAGUCGGCAAGCUCAGUCUUUAUUCGGUAUAUAUUGUCACUUUUUUUCUUAAUUCUACUCUUGAAAAAAUAUUUGCCACCUUAAAUACAAAAAAGGAUCUGGAGCCAAAAUCCGGCCCUCAAUUGUCUGUAAGAUCGUUACUGGGACGCCAUGCCACUUGUAAACAGUCCCAAAAGCCUUUGCGAAAGUUUAGUCGGCCUAGCCUCCUUAUGGUUUUUAAAGUGUCGUCGGAUGCAGGAGCAUUAUCCUAUACCCUUAGGUGGCAGUGUGGCUGAGACGUAAGCGGUCAAACUCUUCCUGUUGGGCCACCCAUGGUUUGAAUUUCGCCACCAGCCACUAGCUGGACUUGUUUCUUGGUUGUCCUAUUUUACGGUGCUGGUUUUUACUAUGCUGUGUAAGAUAUUGCCCGCUCCUAAGAUCGCCAUGAAUGCCAACUAUGUUUUUUUUUUCAUAGAAAAAUGCAGGUACCUCAGCUUAUAGGUAACAACAACCACCUCUCGUAGGCAACCACCUCCCAUAAGCGACCACCUUCUUAAAACACCAAACAUGUUCUCAGUCAAAGCCUUAUGCUGGAACCUCUCGUAAACGACCACCUCCCGUAAGCGACGGCUGACUCUUUCAGAAUUUUCCAUUGUUUCCAACCUGCGGUAAGCGACCACUUGACACAUGGUCUUACUAAACAGUAACGAGUACAUUGUAAAAAUGGACAAAAAGGAAUUUAGUCUUUUUAGAAUUUAGUCGACCACCAAGCCUUUGCAUUUUGGGUGGUCGCUUACGGGAGGUUCGACCGUAAUGCAUCAUACUAGGUAAAAACGUCCAUAACUGGCCCGAGUCAGUUUGCUGUUUAAAAAACUGAUAAUGAUUACCAAAGCUUACAAGAAUUUCUGUUAAGUAUUCCACAGACUCAGGACAACCUUACACCCUACAACACAAUCAACGUCAGAAACACCUUGUUUAGGUGUGGCAGGUAACAAGUCCUGAUAAGCAGAUGUUUUUCUUUGAAGGCUUGGUGCUCAUAAGCGAACAUCAGACGUUGGAACCGAACAGGAUUUCAGGGUCAGCAAAAUCAUUACACACCCAUCAUACCACCAACCUAAAAGGCUCAGCCAUGAUAUCGCCCUCUUGAAACUGGAACGACCUGCUCAGCUUAACAGGUUCAGUAUUUACCCUUCAUUUCAAUUCAGAAAGUCUUACUGAAAAAUAGUUUACAGUUAACAACCCAGUCCGGUGGAGUUUUUUCAGUUCUUCUUCACAAACAGGUUUUUUUCAUUUUUUUACGAUAAUUAGUCACAGGCUUACUUACUGGGACUCAAAAUUGUUUCUCUGUUUCUUGUGGUGAGUUUCUAAUGGUGUGGCGGAAACCAUCGUUGGUUCGCUUGUGUGUUAUGGUGACGGUACUUUUCAGUGAUUUGUUUGGUGAUUGCAUCCAUCUGCAACACCAAGAAACUACCGUUGUGGUUGGAUCAUGAGCGCCGUGCAAACGGACGCAUCAUUGUUGGCUAACAUAACUACCAACAUUGUCUGAUGUUACAUGUUGUGUCCGUUUGCACUCCCUGUUGCCUGUCGUUGUGUGUUGUUGGGAUUUGUUGUGCAAAGUUUGAAACCGGUCAAACUUUUAGAUAUGUGAGAAACGGACACAACAAUUUCCAACAAUGUUGCGUCCGUUUGCACGAGGUUUUAUCUCCGUCGUGAUUUUGUACCAUUCACUCAAAAUUUUUCCCAGGUACGUGAAUCUUGCUUGUCUUCCUCAUCAAGUUAACGCACCGACAGAUGGGAAGCGGUGUUGGAUUACAGGUUGGGGCAGACUUUCAUCGGGUGGAGCCACCCCCGAACUAUUACAGCAAGUAUCUGUUCCAAUAGUAAGCCGUGCCCGCUGUGACAAAGCGUAUCCAAAUAAGAUCCACGACUCCAUGAUCUGCGCAGGUCUAGACCAAGGAGGUAUUGAUUCCUGUCAGGGAGAUAGUGGGGGACCAAUGGUGUGUGAAACUGGCGGGCGGUACUAUCUUCACGGGGCCACAAGCUGGGGUUAUGGGUGUGCUGCUAAAGGCAAAUUUGGUGUCUAUGCCAAAGUAAAAUAUUUGAUGUCUUGGAUCACGAAUGAAAUGAAAAAGAAUUGA